UCCAGCGCUGAGGCGGGGGAGCGGCUGUAGAGGCUGCCCGGACCCGCUGCCCGCCAGGCCGUUGGCUCCCGCUCCGGGCCCGGGGCCACCGGCUGUGGACUUCACCAUGAGCGUCCCCGACUACAUGCAGUGCGCGGAGGACCACCAGACCCUGCUCGUGGUGGUCCAGCCUGUGGGCAUCGUGUCCGAGGAGAACUUCUUCAGGAUCUACAGGAGGAUCUCGUCCGUGAGUCAGGUCAGCGUGCGAGACUCCCAGCGUGUGCUGUACAUCCGCUAUCGGCACCACUACCCGCCCGAGAACAACGAGUGGGGCGACUUCCAGACCCACCGCAAAGCGGUCGGCCUCAUCACCAUCACCGACUGCUUCUCGGCCAAGGACUGGCCGCAGACCUUCGAGAAGUUCCACGUGCAGAAGGAGAUCUACGGCUCCACGCUGUACGACUCCCGGCUCUUUGUCUUCGGGCUGCAGGGGGAGGUGGCAGAGCAGCCGCGCACCGACGUGGCCUUCUACCCCAGCUACGAGGCCUGCGAGACCGUGGAGAAGAGGAUCGAGGACUUCAUCGAGUCGCUCUUCAUUGUCCUUGAGUCCAAGCGGCUGGAUAGAGCCACCGACAAGUCUGGGGACAAGAUCCCCCUCCUCUGCGUCCCCUUCGAGAAAAAGGACUUUGUGGGGCUGGACACAGACAGCAGACAUUAUAAGAAGCGGUGCCAGGGGCGCAUGCGGAAGCACGUGGGGGACCUGUGCCUGCAGGCCGGGAUGCUGCAGGAUGCCUUGGUGCACUACCACAUGGCCGUGGAGCUGCUGCGCUCCGUCAACGACUUCCUGUGGCUUGGAGCUGCCCUGGAAGGACUGUGCUCAGCUUCCGUCAUCUCGCACUAUCCCGGCGGAACUGGUGGUAAGACCGGAGCCCGAAGGCUCCUUGGCAGCUCCCUUCCCGCGGAAGCAGCCAACAGACACCGGCCAGGGGCACAGGAAGUUCUCAUUGAUCCAGGUGCCCUCACCACCAAUGGCAUAAAUCCUGACACCAGCACUGAAAUUGGACGUGCGAAGAACUGUCUUAGCCCUGAAGACAUCAUUGACAGAUACAAAGAGGCCAUUUCCUAUUACAGCAAGUACAAGAACGCCGGGGUGAUCGAGCUGGAGGCGUGUGUCAAAGCUGUGCGCGUCCUCGCCAUUCAGAAGCGGAGCAUGGAGGCCUCGGAGUUCCUGCAGAACGCAGUCUACAUCAACCUCCGGCAGCUUUCAGAAGAAGAAAAAAUCCAGCGCUACAGCAUCCUGUCCGAGCUCUACGAGCUCAUCGGCUUCCACCGCAAGUCGGCCUUCUUCAAACGUGUGGCUGCCAUGCAGUGCGUGGCCCCCAGCAUCUCGGAGCCUGGCUGGAGGGCAUGCUACAAGCUCCUGCUGGAGACGCUGCCCGGCUACAGUCUCUCGCUGGAUCCCAACGACUUCAACAGAGGCACGCACAGGGGCUGGGCUGCCGUCCAGAUGCGUUUGCUGCACGAGCUGGUCUAUGCCUCCCGACGGAUGGGGAACCCUGCUCUGUCCGUGAGGCACCUGUCCUUCCUCCUGCAGACCAUGCUGGACUUCCUGUCCGACCAAGAGAAGAAGGAUGUGACUCAGAGCCUGGAGAACUACACGUCCAAGUGUCCUGGGACCAUGGAGCCCAUCACCCUCCCGGAUGGCCUCACCCUGCCCCCUGUGCCCUUCACCAAGCUCCCCAUUGUCAGGCGUGUGAAGCUGUUGAACCUCCCCGCCAGCCUCCGGCCACAGAAAAUGAAGAGCGCGCUGGGUCAGAAUGUGUCAGCCAAGAGCCCCUUCAUCUACUCACCGAUCAUCGCACACAGCCGCGGGGAAGAGCGCAACAAGAAGAUAGAUUUCCAGUGGGUUCAAGGGGAUGUGUGUGAAGUCCAGCUGAUGGUGUACAACCCCAUGCCGUUUGAGCUGCGAGUGGAGAACAUGGGACUGCUGACCAGUGGAGUGGAGUUCGAGUCGCUCCCUGCGGCGCUCUCCCUUCCGGCCGAGUCUGGUCUGUACCCGGUGACGCUCGUAGGGGUCCCGCAGACGACUGGAACGAUCACCGUGAACGGUUACCACACCACCGUCUUUGGUGUUGUCAGUGACUGCCUGCUGGACCACCUCCCGGGAAUAAAGACCAGCGGCUCUACCGUGGAAGUCAUCCCCGCUUUGCCAAGACUGCAGAUCAGCACCUCCCUGCCCAGAUCGGCACACUCAUUGCAGCCUUCCUCUGGUGACGAGAUAUCUACCAACGUGUCUAUGCAACUGUUCAACGGGGAGACGCAGCAACUCAUCGUCACCUUAGAAAACAUUGGCCUGGAACCCCUGGAGACACUGGAGGUCACCUCCAAACUGCUCCCCACCAAGGAGAAACUGUACGGCGACUUCCUGAGCUGGAAGCUGGAAGAAACCCUCGCCCAGUUCCCCCUGCAGCCUGGGCAGGCGGCCACCUUCACUGUCACCAUCAAAGCGAGCCUGGACUUCUCCUGCCAGGAGGGCCUCCUGCAGGACCUGAGUGACGAUGGGAUCAGCGUGAGCGGCUUCCCCCUGUCCAGCCCCUUCCGACAGGUUGUGAGGCCCCGAGCGGAGGGCAAGCCUGCGAACCCCACUGAAGGCGGCAGAGCCGGGGACCCGGGCCAUGGCCACGGGAAGACCCUGGAAGCCAUCCUGAAUUUCAAGUACUCCGGCGGCCCAGGCCACGUGGAAGGGUACUACAGGAACCUCGCCCUGGGGCUGCACGUGCAGGUGGAGCCAUCCGUGUUCUUCACCCGUGUCAGCACUCUCCCAGCCACCAGCACCCGACAGUGCCACCUGCUCUUGGAUGUCUUCAACUCCACGGAGCAGGAGCUGACGGUUAGUGCCAGGAGCAAUGAGGAGCUCGUCCUGCGUGCCGGCGAGUGCCAGCGAAUGGCUAUUCAAGUGGACAAGUUCAGCUUCGAGAGCGUCCCCGAGUCCCCUGGGGAGAAGGGGCAGUUUGCAAACCCCAGGCAGCUGGCAGAGGAGCGGCAGGAGGCCCGCGGCCUGGAGAUCAGCAGCAGGCUGGACAUCCGCUGGGCGAUCCCCUCCCUGAAGCGCGGCGGCGAGGCCAGCGUGGAGGGCGUGCUGAGCCAGCUGGUCCUGGAGCAGCUGCAGCUGGCGCCUCUGCAGUGGGACGUGCUGCUGGACGGACAGCUGUGCGACUCGGGGGCAGCGGCCUGCCAGGUGGGCGACCCUGUGCGUCUGGAGGUGCGGCUGACCAACCGGAGCCCGUGCAGCGUGGGACCCUUCGCGCUCACCGUGGUCCCGUUCCAGGACCACCAGAACGGCGUCCACAACUACGACCUGCACAGCACCGUCUCCUUCGUGGGCUCCAGCACCUUCCACCUGGACGCGGCGCAGCCCUCGGGCCAGUCCGCCUGCCUCGGGGCGCUCCUCUUCCUCUACACGGGCGACUUCUUCCUCCACAUCCACUUCCAGGAGGACAGCAGGAGCAAGGAGCUGCCGCCAUCCUGGUUCUGCCUGCCCAGCGUGCACGUGCGCGCCCUGGAGGCCCCGGCCUGAGCCGCCCUUGCCCGCCCGCUCCCUGCAGCAGGCAAGGCCUUCCCUGCGACUCCCGUGUCCUCCUCUUGAUCUUCCUCCUCCUCUUCCUCCUCCCCCCACUCCCACAGCCCACAGCUGCUCCAGUGCUGCGCAGGAGCCCCCAGCAGGCGGCCCCGCCCCUUCCCCACCCUGAUGUUCAGGGGCCCCCACUGUAGCUCAUCACACACAGACCCCGCCCAGGCCCAGAGUCCCCUGCACCUGUCCCCACCACCUGCUGGGCAGUCUUCCUCCUUCUCUCCCCUGGCCCUUGGGAUCCCCCGAGGGCCAGUUCUUUCCCAGAUGCCCCAGAGCAGCCCAGGCAGUGGAGGCGUUGUGGAAGGUGGGCGGCUGUCCCCCUGCCCAAGGCGUCUACACCAUGUUCUCCCGCGGGGCUGGACUCUGGGUGCUGGGCCUGUGCGUAUCUAUCUGUGACCAGUUCUCCAAUAAAGGGCCUGCCUCACUCCUCUGAGUCUGCUCGCCCUGCAUGG